GUAAUCACAAAAGGGUUCGAACGUGAGCGUGACUAUCAAAUCUACAUGUUCUCUCUCUCUUUCUCUCUCUCUCUCUCUAUCAGCGAAGAAUUCAAUUCACAUUUCACAGCACACACACAGGUCUUUCUUUCGCUCCGGAGAUUCCACCAUCACUCUUCCUCUCCCAAAUUAUAAUGUUCCCCAUUCCAAAGGGCUUGUUUUGACUUGAAUUGCAUAUUUUGACUCAAGAGAAAUAAGAAUGGAGGAUGAUACAUUCUCUGGUAUUGGAAAUGGUACACAAAUAGAUAGCAAAAUUUUAGGUACAUUUCAGAAGAGCUUUGUACAAGUUCAGAACAUUUUGGAUCAGAACAGGUUACUAAUCAAUGAGAUAAACCAAAAUCAUGAGUCUAAGAUCCCUGAUAAUCUCAGCAGAAAUGUGGGACUUAUUAAAGAACUCAACAACAAUAUCAGAAGAGUGGUUGAUUUAUAUGCUGAUCUUUCAAGUUCUUUUACUAAAUCAAUGGAUGUUACUUCAGAAGGUGAUUCAAGUGGUGCUGUGAAAUCAGAUGGAAAAGGUGGACACAAAAGACACAGGCCUACAUAGUAAAAAAGAGGGUUUGUUUUUCUUAAUUCUUUUGAUUUGGUGGAGAUGCAUAACUUCAUAUAAUCUUGUUGAGGUGUAGAACAUGUUUAAUUAGGUUCUUUAGUUGAAGAUUUUCUUCUUGUAUUACAGGACUUUCUUAAGCUCAUCACUUACUCCUUAUGUUUUAAAUAUAAAAAAAGAUAUUAUAUGUUGAUUUUCCACCCCAAUUCCUCUCAUUGUAACCUUGUAAUUUUUGGAUCUAAUAAAAAAUCAAGCAUGUUUUGGAUACUGUUGAUUCA